AUGAGAUUAAUUCAGUUGGCAAAUAAUGAGAUCAAUGAAGAUAAUGAGAUUAAUUCAGUUGCUGGAGAAGAUGAACAAAAUUCUACUGGAGAAGAUGACGAGAUUAAUACCGAUUCAAUUGGUAAUCACCAUGGAGAUUGCGGAGAGCGUGAAGAAAUGGAGCGAGUGUAUUCUAAUAAGGAAAUACUAUUAGAUCCAAAAAGUGGUAUGAUAUUCAAAUCUGCUGAAUCGUUGAAACCAACUAAGCAAAAAUACACCAAGAGGGUUGGAUGUCAGGCUAGAGUUAAUGCUGUUAAACGUACAAAUGGUUCCUGGAUGGUGACUAAGACUAUUAGCAACUCUAUCAAGAGGAUUCUUGAAGCUAAUGACAGAGCUAGCUUCAGAUCUUGUAAGAGCGUGAGACUUUUGGAGGUUCAAUUUAAUGGGCUGGAGAAUAUGGGUUGUACCCCCAAGCAUCUAGUAUUGACAUCGGAAGAUAGCUUGAUCAAUGAAGAUAAUGAGAUUAAUUCAGUUGGCAGUCACAAUGUAGAUAAUGAGAUCAAUGAAGUUGCUGGAGAAGAUGAACACAAUUCUCCUGGAGAAGAUAAUGAGAUUAAUACUAAUUCAGUUGAUAGUCACCAUGGAGAAUGCGGAGAGGGUGGAGAAAUGGAGCGAGUGUAUUAG